ACUCUGUCCACGUCCCCUGAAUUGGAAAUUCUUUUCUUAUUUGGAACGUUGAAGAUUUAAGGGACAUAAAAGAAUUUCACUUUAUCCUUUUUCCCUCACACGCACACACGCUUGCACCAUUUGUUUGUUUUUUAAAAAGCAAAAACCACCAAAUAGUGCCUUUGCCAUUGCCCUCUCCUCCUUAAUCCACACCGCAACAUCAAAAAAUGGAAGAAGCACUUUCUCCAUCAUCGCAGCUUUCUCCUUCUAUCUCUCACCUACUUUAUCUCCUCCUCCUUUACCUAUAAACCAAUUAAACAACACUUGAUCACAACAACUCUCUUUAGUAUAUAUAUUAAUCUAUUUUUCUUGAGUCAUGGGGGCUGGUGUUUCUUCAACUAAUAAAGCUGAAAAGGACGGAGGAGGGUCUAUUUCUUCGUCAUCAAGAGAUUCAAGACCCGGUCUUGGUGACUUCCCAGAGAGUUGCAUCUCCUCCUUGUUCAUGAAUCUUGAUCCACCCGAUAUAUGCAAAUUGGCAAGAGUGAAUAGGGCCUUUCAUCGAGCUUCCUCAGCUGAUUUUGUAUGGGAAUCAAAGUUGCCACCGAGUUACAAGUUUCUUGCUAAUAAAGUUCUUGGUGAAGAAAAUAUUGCUACUAUGACUAAGAAAGAGAUUUAUGCAAAACUUUGCCUACCCAAUCGUUUUGAUGGUGGUACCAAAGAAGUUUGGUUGGACAAAUGUAGUGGGCAAGUUUGUUUGUUCAUGUCAUCCAAAUCCUUGAAGAUUACAGGAAUAGAUGAUAGAAGAUACUGGAAUUAUAUUCCAACUGAAGAAUCCAGGUUCCAGAGUGUUGCGUAUCUUCAACAAAUGUGGUGGGUUGAAGUGGUCGGGGAGCUAGAGUUCGAAUUCCCUGUGGGUAGUUACAGCUUAGUUUUCAGACUCCAAUUGGGCAAGGCCUCCAAGAGAUUGGGCCGGCGCGUGUGCAACGUUGAUCAAGUGCAUGGCUGGGACAUCAAGCCCGUCCGAUUCCAACUCUCCACAUCCGACGGCCAGAGUUCACUCUCAGAGUGUUACUUGCGUGGGCCUGGGGAGUGGGUCUACUACAAUGUUGGAGAUUUCGUGGUGGAAAAGCCCAAGGAGCCAAUAAAUAUCAAGUUUUCAUUGGCCCAAAUAGAUUGCACUCACACCAAAGGUGGCCUCUGCGUAGAUAGUGCCAUCAUUUGCCCAACGGAGUUUAAAGAAAGACUCAAACAAAGUUAGCUAAUUGUUAUAGUUUACACAGUUUAAUUAUACAGUUGUGGAAAAGGAAGGAAAAAAAAAACAUUGUUUUUAUUUUUCUUAACAGAAAUUCGGUAUUAGUAGAAAGUACUCAAGUAGUAGCCCUCGUUUUUUGGUGGGUUUGAGUGUUCUUUUGCAAAUUACGUGUAGGAAUGACUAAUUUGAAAUAAUAAUGCUAACUCGUGCAGUUAUAGAGAGUUUCUUGUUCUUGUUGUAAUGUAAUUUCUAAGAUUUCAUUUAUAAUGCAUUAAUAGUAUAAACAUUUUUUACACCAUUA